UUCAAUUUCCUGUUCUGGGAGAAAAGAAUAACGAGGCGUUCAUGUUUUGAAAGAGGCUUGUGGUAAGCCUGGAAAAGUUCAGCCGAAUUUCUUGGAAUUUGAUAUUUUCUUUAAAAUUAAAGAUAAGGUUGACUUAUGGCAUCUGAUACAGCAAGACAGUUUGUCAAUCCAGAAAUGCCUGGAUAUGUGGGAUUUGCUAAUCUUCCAAACCAAGUCCAUCGUAAAUCUGUGAAAAAGGGCUUCGAAUUUACUUUAAUGGUGGUUGGUGAGUCUGGACUUGGAAAAUCAACAAUGAUCAACAGCCUUUUUUUAACAGAUCUGUAUCCUGAAAGACAUAUUCCCGAUGCUUCUGAAAAAAUUAAUCAGAAUGUGAAACUGGAAGCCAGUACAGUUGAGAUUGAAGAGAGAGGAGUCAAGUUACGACUGACUGUGGUGGACACACCAGGAUUUGGUGAUGCCAUAGACAACACUGACUGCUUCAGAUCCAUAAUACAGUACAUUGACGAGCAGUUUGAACGUUUUCUACAAGACGAGAGUGGGUUAAAUAGGAGGAACAUUACAGAUAAUCGAAUCCAUUGUUGCUUCUAUUUCAUUUCACCCUUUGGCCAUGGACUAAAACCACUAGAUAUUGAGUUCAUGAAGCAAUUACACAGCAAAGUUAAUAUUGUUCCUGUCAUAGCUAAGGCCGAUGCUUUAACCAAGAAGGAGGUGAUGAAGCUCAAGAGAAGGGUAGGUCACAGUGUUCCUGCUGAUGUUUUAACCAAGAAGGAGGUGAUGAAGCUCAAGAGAAGGGUAGGUCACAGUGUUCCUGCUGAUGUUUUAACCAAGAAGGAAGUGAUGAAGCUCAAGAGAAGGGUAGGUCACAGUGUUCCUGCUGAUGUUUUAACCAAGAAGGAGGUGAUGAAGCUCAAGAGAAGGGUAGGUCACAGUGUUCCUGCUGAUGUUUUAACCAAGAAGGAAGUGAUGAAGCUCAAGAGAAGGGUUAUGCAGGAAAUUGAAGAAAAUGGUAUCAAGAUCUAUCCUCUUCCUGACUGUGACUCUGAUGAAGAUGAAGAUUAUAAAGAACAAGUGAGACAACUGAAGGAAGCCGUGCCUUUUGCAGUAUCCUCAACCACACAGACACUUGAUGUGAAAGGUCGUAAGGUCAGAGGUCGGCUUUAUCCUUGGGGAGUAGUGGAAGUUGAGAAUCCUGACCACUGUGAUUUUAUCAAACUUAGAACAAUGUUGAUAACCCACAUGCAAGACCUCCAAGAAGUAACCCAAGAACUCCACUAUGAGAACUACAGGUCCGAAAGAUUGGCUGGUAAGGCCGCACCCCAGAAGAACACUGCCCCUGACGGUGGAAUAUCAGAAAGAGAACGUAUCAUCCGAGAGAAGGAAGCAGAACUCCGGCGCAUGCAGGAGAUGUUGACAAAGAUGCAGGAGCAAAUGCGUCAGAAACAAAGUGAUGAUUCUCGUCAAGCCACUCCCUCACCUACUAAUGCUCCACUACCACAGAGUGAUUAAACACAGAACUUGGCAGUUAGUUGUUUGCCAUAGAUUCAGUGUAGGUUUCUUAAUAUGUAGAACAGAAGAGUCGUAUUUCCUAGUUGCCCCAAACAUCUCCUGCUUCCAUCGAUUGUGUCAUCCCAUUU